AUGAAGUUGAGAAGAAAGCGAACACUCGAAGUGCCUCCAAAAGUUAGAUGCGCCAUCAACUGUGUUACUGCAGUUCCACUCGAGAACAUACAAGAUCCUUUAAAAAGCUUCGCAUGGGAGUUUGAUAAGGGAGACUUUCAUCACUGGGUUGAUCUUUUUAACCAUUUUGAUUCAUUCUUUGAGAAGUAUGUAAAACCAAGGAAGGAUCUGCAAAUUGAUGACGAUUUUCUAGACUCAGAUCCUCCUUUUCCAAGAGAAGCCAUUCUUCAAAUUCUUCGUGUCAUUAGAAUAAUUUUGGAUAAUUGCACAAAUAAGCAUUUCUACAGUUCAUAUGAGCAACAUCUUUCAUCACUGCUUGCUUCUACUGAUCCGGAUGUGGUUGAGGCUACCCUGGACACUUUGGCUACUUUUUUGAAGAAAACAAUUGGAAAGUACUCCAUAAGAGACACUUCUUUGAAUUCAAAACUGUUUGCUCUUGCACAAGGAUGGGGUGGAAAGGAAGAGGGACUCGGACUAAUUACAUCAGCUGUGCCUAAUGGUUGCGACCCUAUUGCGAAUGAAUUGGGUUGUUCCCUUCAUUUUGAGUUUUAUGCAGUAACUGAGUCAGAAAGUGACAUGAAAGGGGCUGAACCCCUGGUCGAAGGAUUGCAAAUCAUUCACUUCAGUGACGUCCACAAAUGUGUGGAAACUGAUCUUGAACUUUUGCACAAGUUGGUUACAGAAUAUAAAGUACCUUCCAGUUUACGAUUUUCUUUGUUGACAAGAUUGCGGUUCGCUAGGGCUUUUGGUUCUUUCAGUUCUAGACAGCAAUACACAUGCAUUCGCUUGUAUGCUUUCAUAGUUCUGAUUCAAGCGAGCGGUGAUGCUGAUGACCUGGUUUCAUUCUUCAAUGCCGAGCCUGGAUUUAUCAACGAAUUGGUCUCACUACUGAGCUAUGAAGAUGCAGUUUUGGAAAAAAUCAGGGUUUUGUGUUUGCAUUCAUUAGCUGCUCUCUGCCAAGAUCGUUCCCGUCAACCUUCAGUAUUGACUGCUCUUACAUCUGGAGGGCACCGUGGCAUUUUACCUAGCCUGAUGCAAAAAUCAGUUGACUUUGUUAUUAGUGAUACAUCUAAGUGGUCAGUUCAUUUUGCUGAAGCUCUUAUAUCUCUUGUAACCGUAUUGGUUUCGUCGUCAUCAGGAUGUUCUGCCAUGCGUGAAGCAGGAUUCAUUCCUACUCUUCUACCUCUACUAAAAGAUAUAAAUCCACAGCACUUGCAUCUGGUUGAAAAAGCUGUGCGCAUUUUAGAAGCUUUUAUGGAUUUCAGUAAUCCAGCUGCUGCAUUGUUCAGAGAUUUGGGAGGUUUAGAUGAUACCAUCUCUCGUCUGAAGAUUGAAGUCUCUCAUGUUGAAAAUGGUGGAAAGCAGCCGGUUGAAAAUUUUGAAUCUAGUACAAGUGCAAACAUGGUUGGAGGUUCUUCAGUUUGUUUAGAUGACAUGCAGCCAUUGUAUUCUGAACCACUAAUUUCUUAUCACCGGAGAUUGCUGAUGAAAGCUUUAUUGCGUGCUAUAUCCCUUGGAACCUAUGCCCCUGGAAAUACUUUUCGUAUAUUUGGAUCUGAAGAGAACGUGUUGCCUCAGUGCUUAUGUAUCAUUUUCAGAAGAGCAAAAGUUUUUGGUGGUGGAGUUUUCUCGCUUGCUGCUACUGUCCUGAGUGAUUUAAUACAAAAAGAUCCAACUUGUUUUCCUAUUUUAGAUGCAGCUGGUCUUCCGUCUGCCUUCUUGGAUGCUAUAAUGGAUGAUGUUCUCAACUCUUCAGAAGCCAUUGCAUGUAUUCCCCAGUGUUUGGAUGCUUUAUGCUUAAACAGUAAUGGCCUCCAGGCUGUGAAAGAGAGAAAUUCAUUGAGAUGUUUUGUGAAAGUGUUUACUUCUAGAACAUAUCUGCGUGCUCUUACAGGGGACACACCUGCCUCUUUAUCUAGUGGUCUGGAUGAAUUAAUGCGACACGCUUCUUCGUUACGUGGACCUGGAGUGGAUAUGUUAGUUGAGAUUCUGGAAACCAUCUCAAAAAUUGGUUCUGCCAUAGACCCCCUAUCAUUGUCUCCCGAUCCUUGCUCUUCAAGCUCUGCUCCUAUGGAAAUGGAUGGUGGGGACAAGAAUUUGGUCUUGUCCGAUAGUAAGGAGUCAUCAAAGCCAGAUAACACUGAGCAGAUCGAUGAGCCAUCUCCUGAUGCGUCAACAAUGAAUGUUGAAUCUUAUCUUCCAGAUUGUGUGAACAAUGUUGCUCGUCUGCUUGAGACAGUUCUUCAGAAUGCCGACACAUGUCGAAUAUUUGUUGAGAAAAAGGGGAUUGAAGCUAUUCUCCAGUUAUUUACACUGUCUUUAAUGCCUCCUUCUAUUUCUGUUGGUCAGACCAUCUCUGUUGCCUUCAAGAACUUUUCCCCACAACAUUAUGUUUCUCUUGCCCGAGAUGUAUGCUCGUUCUUAAGGGAACAUUUGAAAUCUACUAACGAGGUCUUAGAUUCUGUUGGGGGGACUCAGAUUGCUCUAGUUGAAUCUGCUAAACAGUCAAAGGUGUUGAAGUAUCUCUCUAGUCUUGAAGGUAUCUUGGCUCUCUCUGUGUUCUUGUUGAAGGGAACCACUGCUGUAGUCUCUGAACUAAGCACUUUUGAUGCUGAUGUGUUAAAAGAUAUUGGGAGAACAUACAAAGAAAUAAUUUGGCAAAUAUCUUUGUGUAAUGACUCCAAGACAGAUGAAAAGAAGAAUAAUGAUCAAGAACCUGAUAUUUCACAAGCACCUUCAUCUACUGUUGUUGAAAGAGAGAGUGAUGAUGACACAAACAUGCAGACAGUUAGAUACACAAACCCGGUUUUUGCUAGAACUGGUUCACAUUCUCUGUGGAGUGGAGAGCGUGAUUUUGCUUCUGUAGUUCGUUCUGGAGAAGGUUUGCACCGCCGUACUCGGCAAGGGAUAUCUCGCAUGAGAGGUGGAAGAACUGCUCGUCGCUUGGAAGCUUUAAACAUUGAUUCUGAAUUAACUUCUAGUGCACCGGAAGCGUCUUCGUCCCAAGAUUUGAAAAAGAAAAGCCCGGACGAUCUUGCCUUAGAGAUUCUUAACAAGCUAGCGUCAACAAUGCGCUCUUUCUUCACUGCUCUUGUGAAAGGGUUCACUUCACCAAAUCGUCGUCGAGCUGACUCAGGUUCACUUGGCUCGGCUUCAAAGGCCCUUGGAACUGUUUUGGCUACAAAUUUUCUUGAGGCCCUGAGUUUUUCUGGACAUUCUACUUAUGCUGGACUUGAAACUUCACUUUCUGUAAAAUGUAGAUACCUUGGGAAGGUUGUUGAUGAUAUGGCAGCUCUCAUAUUUGACAGCAGGCGCAGAAGUUGUUAUACAGCCAUGGUUAAUAACUUGUAUGUACACGGAACUUUUAAAGAGCUACUGACAACAUACGAAGCUACUAGUCAGUUGCUAUGGACUCUUCCGUACUCUUUCCCCUCAUCAGAUAUUGAUCUGGGAAAGAAAGAAGGAGUCAAAUUGUCCCACAACACAUGGCUACUUUACACAUUACAAAGCUAUUGUCGCUUGCUUGAGUACUUUGUAAACUCUUCUAUGCUUUUGUCCCCAACGUCAGCAUCUCAGGCAGAACUUCUUGUUCAACCAGUUGCUGUUGGCCUCUCAAUUGGUCUCUUUCCAGUUCCUAGAGAUCCGGAAGUUUUUGUGCGUAUGCUGCAAUCUCAGGUUCUGGAUGUGAUCCUACCAGUCUGGAAUCAUCCCAUGUUCUAUAGCUGUAGUCCCAGUUUCAUUGCAUCAAUUAUUUCACUUGUUACACAUGUAUAUUCUGGUGUUGGAGAUGUGAAGCGAAAUCGAAAUAACAUUUUGGGAAGCACAAAUCAACGUUUCAUGCCCCCUCCACCUGAUGAGGCAACCAUUGCAACUAUUGUUGAGAUGGGUUUUUCAAGGGCACGGGCUGAAGAAGCACUGAGAAGAGUGGAAACAAAUAGUGUUGAAAUGGCUAUGGAGUGGCUGUUUAGUCAUGCUGAUGAUCCUGUCCAGGAGGAUGAUGAACUUGCUCAAGCCCUCGCCCUUUCCCUAGGAAGUAGUUCCGAAACUGCUAAAGUUGACAAUGUCGAGAAGACUAUUGACGUGCCAACUGAAGAGGGACACGUGAAGAAACCUCCAGUUGAUGAUUUACUUGCUGCAUCUGUGCGGUUGUUUCAGAGUAGUGAUUCAGUGGCAUUUCAGCUGUCAGAUUUGCUCGUAACACUUUGCAACCGAAACAAAGGUGAAGAUCGUCCAAAAGUAAUAUCUUAUCUUCUGCAGCAGCUUAAACUUUGUCCAUUGGACUUUUCCACAGAUAACUGUGCCUUAGGAAUGUUAGCACAUGUUAUAACAUUACUUCUUUUUGAGGAUGGCAGUACAAGGGAUGUUGCAGCUCAGAAUGGAAUUAUAUCUACCAUCAUAGAUAUCUUGACAAACUUGAAAGGCAGAUCCGAGUUGGGGAAAGAAUUACCGCUCUCUAAAUGCAUGAGUGCUUUACUACUUAUAUUGGAUCAGAUGUUGCAGUCAAGGCCAAAGACUGAAAAUAUGGAAGCCGGAACCCAAACUGGUUUCGUGCCUGACUCAUCUGGGGAACAUGGUUCCCUGCAAUUUCCUGACACAGUUGAACAGGAGGAAAAAGAAAUAGAUGGGAGGGAAAAAGAACCUGGCAUGGCUUUUGAAAAUGCACUAGGGAAAUCGACUGGCUUUGCAACUAUUGAUGAGAGUCAUAAGUUGUUGGAUAUUACAUGUGAUUUGAUAAAACAGCAUGUCCCGGCCGUGGUCAUGCAGGCUGUUCUACAGUUAUGUGCUCGGUUAACAAAAACACAUGCUUUGGCUAUGAAGUUCCUUGAAAAUGGAGGUCUGACUGCUCUCUUUAGUCUUCCAAGGAAUUCUUUUUUCCCUGGGUAUGACACUGUUGUCUCGGCUAUAGUUAGGCAUCUUCUUGAAGAUCCUCAAACAUUACAAUCAGCCAUGGAGUUGGAGAUACGACAAACUUUAAGUGGGAAUCGUCACUCAGGGCGUGUUUCUCCCCGAUCAUUUUUGACUUCUUUGGCACCUGUUAUAUCUAGAGAUCCUGCUGUUUUCAUGAAAGCUGCAGCUGCAGCUUGUCAGUUAGAGACGUCAGGGGGAAGGACAAUAGUUGUGUUAUCAAAGGAGAAAGAAAAGGAAAAGUCAAAAUCAUCGAGUAUUGAUGCUACAAAUGAAUGUCUCCGAAUAUCUGAAAGCCGGCCACAAGAUGGAACAGGAAAAUAUUCGAAAAGCCACAAAAAAGUUCCAGCAAAUCUCACUCUAGUAGUUGAUCAACUUCUUGAGAUUGUGCUUAAGUACCCACCGAUGAAAGGCAGGGAAGGUUUUGAGGGCGACUCUACUUUAAUGGAUAUAGAUGAACCUACUAUGAAGGUAAAGGGAAAAUCGAAGGUUGCAGAGACAGUGAUAUUAGGGUCUGAGUCUCAAAGGUCUGCAGAAUUGGUGAAGGUGACUUUUGUCCUUAAGUUAUUGAGUGACAUUGUUCUAAUGUAUGGACAUGCAGUUGGUGUCAUACUCAGACGCGACUCUGAAAUGUGUCAAUUUCGUGGAUCUAAUCCACCAUCUGGACAUAAUGGAAUUAUCCAUCAUGUAUUACAUUGCUUGCUACCGCUUUCUGCUGACAAAUCUGCAGGACCUGAUGAUUGGAGAGGUAAGUUGUCUGAAAAGGCUUCAUGGUUCCUGGUAGUUUUGUGUGGUCGGUCUAGUGAAGGUCGUAAGCGAGUGACAAAUGAACUUGUUAAAGAAGUGAUGUCCUUUUCAAACUUCGAGAGCAAUUCUAUGAAAAACAGCUUAUCCCCAGAUAAAAGGCUUUUUACUUUUGUUGAUCUUGUAUAUUCUAUUUUAUCGAAAAAUUCGUCAUCUGGUAGCUUACCUGGUUCUGGAUAUUCACCUGAUAUUGCAAAAAGCUUGAUCGAUGGUGGAAUAAUUAAAUGUUUGACUAGCAUCCUGCAAGUGGUUGAUUUGGAUCAUCCCGAUGCACCCAAAUUUGCGACUCUUGUACUCAAAGGUUUAGAAUGUCUUUCAAGAGCUGCUAAUGCUAGUGAGCAAAUCUUUAAAUCUGACGGGGCUGAAAAGAGAAGAUCUACUUGUUUGAAUGAAAGAUCUGAUGAUCAAAUGACAACACCUUCUGUAGUUGAAACCGUGGCCCAUGAUCCGAAUGCGGGAAGUCAAGAAGCACUCAGAGAAACAAUUGAUAAUGCACAUCAUCAAAGAACCUCUGAAGGUGAUCAUCAUGCUGAUAAUCCAAAUCAGUCAGGAGAGCAAGAUAUGAGAGUAGAAGAGGCAGCAAUAGCCCAAAAUCCACAAGUGGAACUAGGAAUGGACUUUAUGCAUGAAGAGAUGGGUGAGGGCAGUGUCUUGCGCAACCCAGAGCAAAUCGAGAUGACUUUUCAUGUUGAGAAUAGGUUAGAUGAUGAUAUGGGUGAUGAAGAUGAUGGUAUGGGUGAUGAUCGUGACAACGGUGACGAUGAUGAAGAUGAUGACGGGGAUGGAGUGGAUGAAGAUGAGGAUAUAGCAGAAGAUGGCGGGGGCAUGAUGUCUAUGGCUGAUACUGACGCAGAGGAUCAAGAUGAUGCUGAUUUGGGAGAUGAAUACAAUGAUGAAAUGAUUGAUGAAGACGACGAUGAUUUUCAUGAGAACCGCGUCAUAGAGGUGAGAUGGAGGGAAGCUCUAGAUGGAUUGGAUCACUUGCAGAUACUUGGGCAACCUGGAACAGCUGGUGUUAUAGAUGUGGCUUCUGACCCUUUUGAUGGGGUUAAUGUGGAUGACCUUUUUCGUCUUCAGAGCUUUGAGCGUCGCCGCCAAACAGGUAGAUCUUCCUUCGAGAGGCCUGCUUCUGAAGUAAAUGGUUUUCAACAUCCUCUUUUUGUAAGGCCACCACAAUCUGGCGAUUUUGUCUCUAUGUGGUCAACGGGUGGUAAUUCUGCAUCCCGGGAUUCAGAAACCCUGUCAUCUGGGAAUCUUGACGUUUCCCAUUUCUACAUGUUUGAUGGACCUACUCUUCCAUAUGAUCACAUGCCAAGUAGUAUGUUUGGAGAACAUCUGGGUAGUGUAGCGCCACCUCCUCUCACAGAUUAUUCUCUGGGUAUGAGCUCAUCACACCUACAUGGAAGAAGAGUGUUAGGUAAUGGUAGAUGGACUGAUGAUGGUCAACCACAAGGAGGCGCUCAAGCAGCUGCCAUUGCACAAGCAGUGGAGGCACACUUUUUAGCUCAGAUGGUUACCAUAGAUCCUGCAAGCAAUCCUACAGAUCGACAAAUACAUAAUUCUGAAGAACAAGAGAAACAGUCGGAUGCUCUUCCAUCACACGAUGAUUCAUCAUUGAAUGUUGGGGCUGACUCUACUCAGCAGUUUGCAGGUCUGGAGCAGGAAAACGGUGCUGAAACUAUAGUUCAGCAAAUAAACCUUUCAGUUGAUGGUGCUACUUGUGAGGAAGAGAGAAAUGUAGACUUUGGUGGUCAAGAUACUGGUGAAGAAAGCCUUCAUACUAAUGAGCCUAUGUCUGUCCAACCACUUUCACUGAACAUCAUGCCAAAUGGUCUUGAUUGCACUGUAAAUGAAAUAAAUGUUACUCCCAGUGAUAAUGUAGCAAUACCCCAGGAAUUGGUAAACUCAUCUAUUGUAUCUAGUGCUGAUGUACAAUGCGGAAGGGCUGCUAAUGAACUUACUAACAACCAAAAUGUGCCAGUUAUACCAUUGGUUUGCAAUGGAACAUCAAAUUUUGCUGGACAGCCUACUAAUCUUGAGUUACCGGGCUCUGGUUUGGAGACUCCUACUCCAAGUGAUUGCCCUGCAUCAUCAAUAAAUACUAAUGUUGACGUUGAUAUGGUUGGUGUUGAUGCUGAAAGAAAUCAGUCUGGGCAACCAACAGUUUUCGAAGACAGGAGGGAUCCGUUGUUAUCAACUCAGAACACUGAGGUUACUCCGGAUGAUACUCAGGCUGACCAAACUAGUGCGAAUAAUGACGCUUCUGGAACUAGUACGAUUGACCCUACAUUUUUGGAGGCUCUUCCUGAAGAUCUACGGGCAGAAGUUUUGGCAUCACAACAAGCUCAAUCUAUUCAACCUUCAGUUUAUGCCCCACCUUCUGGAGAAGAUAUUGAUCCUGAAUUUUUAGCUGCUCUUCCUCCUGAUAUUCAAGCAGAGGUUUUGGCCCAACAAAGAGCUCAAAGGGUUGCCCAGCAGGCUGAAGGACAUCCAGUUGAUAUGGAUAAUGCAUCUAUAAUUGCUACUUUUCCUGCUGAUUUGCGUGAAGAGGUGCUUUUAACUUCUUCUGAAGCAGUUUUGUCUGCACUACCCGCUCCGUUGCUUGCUGAAGCUCAAAUAUUGAGGGACCGAGCAAUGAGUCAUUAUCAAGCUCGCAGCCUUUUUGGGAGCAGUCACAGGCUUAACAAUAGAAGAAAUGGCCUGGGAUUUGUUCGAAGGCCUGUGAUGGAUCGGGGUGUUGGUGUUACGAUAGACAGGAGGUCUGCCCUUACUGAUACCUUGAAGGUGAAAGAGAUUGAAGGUGAGCCACUACUUGAUGCAAAUGCAUUAAAAGCUUUGAUCCGGCUUCUACGUUUGGCACAACCCCUUGGAAAAGGCCUUCUGCAGAGACUCCUUUUAAACUUAUGUGCACAUAGUGUAACAAGAGCCACUCUUAUUUAUAUUUUGCUUGAUAUGAUUAAGCCGGAAACUGAAGUUUCUGUAAGCAGAGCAGUGACAUUAAAUUCCCAGAGGCUUUAUGGUUGUCAUUCAAACACAGUAUAUGGCCGAUCUCAAUUGUUGGACGCAGGACUUCCUCCCCUAGUGUUCCGCCGAAUCCUUGAGAUCCUGACUUACUUGGCCACAAAUCAUUCGGCCGUUGCCAAAAUGUUGUUUCACUAUGACCAAUCAAUUGCAGAUUCUUCAAAUUCAUCUAUCACACAUGUUAAUGGGAAAGGGAAGGAAAAGGUUAUUGAAGGGGGACCUUCAUCAAAACCCUCUGAAACUCAUGUGGGGGAUGUUCCCCUUGUUCUCUUUUUAAAGCUCUUGAACCGACCCUUAUUUUUACGUAGCACUGCUCAUCUUGAGCAGGUCAUGGGUCUCAUUCAAGUUGUAGUUGAAACUGCUGCAGCAAAAUUAGCUAGUCUAUCUCAAUCUGAAAAAGAAAUAGCAGAUACCCAAAAUUUGUCUGUUAAUGAAGCUGAGAAGGAUCCUCCUUUAGUGGAGUUGGACUCUAAUAAAGAAGAUACAAAACCAUGUCAUUCCAAUGGAAAGAAGAAUGUAGAUAUGUACAAUAUCUUCUUGCAGUUGCCUCAAUCUGAUUUGCGGAAUGUGUGCAGUAUUCUUGGCCGUGAAGGGCUUUCGGAUAAAAUGUACAUGCUUGCUGGUGAAGUGCUGAAGAAGUUGGCCUUCAUUGUUCCCUCUCAUAGGAAGUUCUUUAUUUUAGAGCUGUCGGAAUCAUCUCAUGCAUUGACAGGUUCAGCUGUCAGUGAGCUUGUUACCCUGCAGCAAACAAAUAUGCUUGGCUUGAGUGCUGGUUCAAUGGCUGGUGCAGCCAUUCUACGAGUGCUGCAAGCUCUAAGUUCCCUCAUUUCACUUGAUACUUCAGAAAAUAUGGAUAUGGAAAGUGAUGUAGAUCUAGAUCAGCAUGGCGACAAAGCAAUUAUUUGGAAUUUGAAUACUGCACUCGAGCCACUGUGGCAAGAACUGAGUAAUUGUAUUAGUGCAGCUGAGAUGCAACUUGGCCAGAGCUCUUUCUCUUCUAACAUGUCAAACAUGAAUGUCGCUGAGAAUUUACAUGGCUCCUCUACUUCACCACCACUUCCUCCUGGGACACAAAGACUCCUGCCUUUCAUUGAGGCUUUCUUUGUUUUGUGUGAAAAGCUACAAGCAAACAAACCUAUCAUGCCGCAUGACCACGAUAAUGCAACUGCUAGAGAAGUCAAGGAGUCUGCUGGUUGUUCAGCUUCAGUAAGUGGAAAAUUUUGUGGAGACUCACAGCGAAAGCUGGAUGGUGCUGUUACAUUUACAAGGUUUGCUGAGAAGCAUCGCCGACUUGCGAAUGCUUUCAUUCGACAGAAUCCCGGUCUGUUGGAGAAAUCUCUGUCCAUGAUGCUUAAGGCACCAAGAUUGAUUGACUUUGAUAACAAGAGAGCCCAUUUUCGCUCAAGAAUCAGGCAACAACAUGACCACCACUUGUCUGGGCCGCUGCGUAUAAGUGUAAGGCGAGCUUACAUAUUGGAGGACUCGUAUAAUCAAUUAAGGAUGCGUCCUACUCAGGAUCUUAAGGGGCGAUUAAAUGUGCAAUUUCAAGUGGGUAACAAUGCAACGUUCCAACCAAACCCUAACUCCGUUUACCAGACUGAACACCUCUCAUACUUCAAGUUUGUGGGCCGAGUGGUGGGAAAGGCGUUGUUUGAUGGACAACUAUUGGAUGUUUACUUUACCCGGUCUUUCUAUAAGCAUAUACUUGGUGUUAAGGUUACAUACCAUGACAUUGAAGCGGUUGAUCCUGAUUACUAUAAGAAUUUGAAAUGGAUGUUGGAGAAUGAUGUGAGUGAUAUUCCUGACUUGACAUUUAGCAUGGACGCUGAUGAAGAAAAACUCAUACUUUAUGAGAAGACUGAGGUCACUGAUUAUGAGCUUAAACCUGGAGGAAGGAACAUAAGAGUUACAGAAGAAACAAAGCAUGAGUAUGUUGACCUUGUUGCUGAACAUCUCUUGACUAAUGCCAUCGGUCCUCAAAUCAAUUCGUUUCUAGAAGGUUUUAAUGAAAUGGUACCACGAGAACUAAUAUCAAUCUUUAAUGACAAAGAGCUUGAGCUACUCAUAAGUGGUCUUCCAGAAAUUGACUUGGACGAUUUGAAGGCAAACACCGAGUAUACAGCCUACACUGUGGCAUCAAAUGUUGUUCAAUGGUUUUGGGAGGUGGUCAAAUCUUUCAACAAGGAAGACAUGGCCAGAUUACUGCAAUUUGUGACCGGAACGUCAAAGGUUCCUUUGGAGGGUUUUAAAGCCUUGCAAGGUAUCUCUGGUCCCCAAAGGUUCCAGAUUCACAAGGCAUAUGGGGCUCCUGAUCGACUUCCAUCAGCUCAUACUUGCUUCAAUCAACUAGAUCUUCCUGAGUACACCUCUAAGGAACAGCUUCAAGACCGUUUGUUACUUGCCAUCCAUGAGGCUAGUGAAGGGUUUGGUUUUGGCUGA